AUGGAGCUUGACACAAAGCUCACAGAAAAUUUUGCCUUACAACCAAUGCUUCUGUCUGAUAAUUACUUGGUGAAGCCCUACAUUAAAGAUGAAUUUUCCUUUGAACCUCCUUCAUCAAAGGGUUUCUUGCAAGAUUUUCACCAUCCUGAUGAUCAGUUUCAGACUAAUGGGUCCUCAUCAAAUCCCAUUUUUGGGGUCCAAACUCAGUGCUAUGAUUCAUUCAACAAUUUCACAUAUGGGUGCUCAACUGAUUUUCAUAUUCCCGAGUGUAAGCCAUUUGCGGAUAACUGUGGGAAUGGCCAUGUCAUGGACAAUUUCCAAAGUGGAGGAUACCUGAAUCUCUCUCAAAGAAAUCCCAUUGAUAUCGUCGAGUCGGACCGGAUUGACAUGGCCUACACUGCUUACCAAGACAUAAAACCUAUCAGUUUUGUCUUACCAGAUGAACUCUCAUCUAUAACAGCAGAAAAUAUGUACUAUAAAAGAGUUGGCAUGAAUAAGAAUAGGGCAUUGCCAACAACUAUAAGGACAUAUAAAGGUCGUAAAAAGUGUAAUGUGGUUAAGGGACAAUGGACGAUUGAAGAAGACAGGCUCUUGAUUCAACUGGUUCAGCAGUAUGGAGUGAGAAAAUGGUCCCAUAUUGCUCAAAUGUUGCCUGGGAGGAUAGGAAAGCAGUGUAGAGAAAGAUGGCAUAACCAUCUAAGGCCUGAUAUCAAGAAGGAUACGUGGAGUGAAGAGGAGGAUAAGGUGCUUAUUGAGGUGCAUAUAGAGAUAGGAAACAAAUGGGCAGAGAUUGCAAAGAGGUUGCCUGGAAGAACCGAAAACUCAAUCAAGAACCACUGGAACGCAACCAAAAGAAGGCAAUACUCGAAGCGAAAAUGCCGUUCAAAAUACCCGAGAGGAUCCCUUCUACAAGAGUAUAUCAAGAGCUUGAACUUGGACACAAACACGGCACAAAAUCGGAGAAAAAGUUCCGCGAAACUGGCGCCACCGACUGAUGAUCACGAGCCGCACGCCGAGGAGGGUACAGAUUAUGAUUUCAAUGAGGUCCCGGAUUUUAUUUUCGAUGGAAACAUGUUUCAGGAGAGCUGUAGCAUUGAUUCUAUUCUUGAUGACAUGCCUGGUGCUCCUAUUGCUGAUCAUGAUGAGAAAAUGCCUUUUGGUGAUCCUGUGGUUGAUGAUGAGAAUCAUUUUGAGAUGGAUAUGACUCCAGUUGUUGUAGAGUGGGAAGUGAAGAAGGAGCUGGAUUUGGUGGAGAUGAUCUCUCAGGUCAAAUGUUUAAGCGCUUAG